UACAUAUAUAUGUAUGUUAUUUUAAAGACAUUUUUAUCAUAUUCCAGAAAGCAUAAGAAACUUAUGCUGUAUUACUAUUAUUUAAUAUUUCCCUAUGUCCAUUUAUAUUUCCUACGUUCUUUAUAACGGUAUGUAUUAAUAUAACAUGGAUCAAGCACAGAGUACUGUUAAGGAUAGUAAAUUAGAAAAUGUAGAACAUAAAAAUAAAUAUUUACUUAAGAACGAAGAGAUAAUCGAUAAGCAAUCAGAACUUGAUCAUAAUGAGUUAGUUAAAUUAACGAAAGAAGCAAUUGAUAAUAUAAUAGAAAGUGAUCCGCUGUUCUCUGGUUUACCGUCGGAUGUUACGGUUGAAGAACUUAAAGCUCAAAUUGCAGUUGCACAAGGGCAAGCAAUAACUUUGUAUUUGAAUCGUGGAGAACUACCAAAACUUGGGAUUGUGGUGCCUCCUCACAACACUACAGUUUUAAAUCUCAAGAAAGCUAUCAAGCGUCACACAAAUUUAUCUUUGAAAAGAGAGAAUGUUAAGAAAAAAAUAAGUUGGACACACAUUUGGAAAAAAUAUCAUUUGUGCUUUGAUAAUGUAAAACUGAUAAAUGAUAAUGAAAACAUCAAAGCUUAUGGAGUUACAAAUAAAGCAGAAUUAUAUUAUGUUAAGAAGCGCAGAGAGAAAAAUAAAUUGAUAAAGAAUACUUAGUUUCUAUACAAAAGAUUAAAUAUAUAAAUA